UUCGGCUGACUGAGUAUGUGUUUGAGACUUGUGAAAGAUAAUGCAGGCAGUUGCAGUUGUCUUCGGUAUCCAUCCGCUGGAGUCAUACUUUGGGAGCGCCCUGUAUUCUUAGGUGCUUUUUCUUUGUUUUGGAGGUGCUCGGGAGAACAUAGAGGGCGAAUAUUAAAUAUUAGUUAUUGUGUCAUUCUGACUGGGGAUUUCUGCCAGCUUAAGUCCAAAUCAAAGAGGAAAAAAAAAGUCCUCAUGGAAUAGUUUCUUUUUCCUGUGUCUUGGAGUAUGGACCGAUUUCUGCAGCUGUCUACUAGUCUUUUGAUCUCGGAUUUUUUUUUAUAUGAGACUGAGCAACUUUAGGGUGGACGAUAUGAAGUCUUGGUGGCCUUUGGGACAGCUGAUUCCGGCCUCUCCUCUCUCUGCUUUAUUUCUUUUGCUGUCAUACAACCUUUUGCAAGCUGAGCUGACAGCAGCAGGAAAUCAAUGGGAAUUUCACGAUGAACAUCGCGGGAGUCUGGACACCAUGCUGGCUGACUAUGAUGUAAUAUCGAUAUCUGGUAUCCAGCAACACUCUCUAAGGAAGCGGGAACUGAACCCUGAGGCUCAGAUUGAGCGAAUGCUCAGCUUUAAUGCACUGCAGAGACAUUUUAAAUUGUACCUCACCUCAAGCACAGAGCGUUUCUCUGAAAACCUUCGUGCUGUGGUAUUGGAUGGUAAUGGCAAGGAGAGAGAAUACCAUGUAAAGAAAUCCGACUUCUUCACUGGACACGUAGUAGGAGAGCAAAAUUCUAAGGUUCUGGCUCACAUUGGAGAUGGGGAUUUUACAGCACGGAUCACAACAGAUGGAGAUGAAUAUAACAUUGAGCCACUUUGGAGAUUUGUUGACAACGCCACAACAGACAAUAUGUUAGUGUACCGUUCGGAAGAUAUCCGAGACUUCUCCAGACUCAAGUCCUCGAAGGUUUGUGGAUACAUCAAGCCUAAGGAAGAUCUCUUUAUGAAUGUGCAGGAUACAGCAGGACAUGGUGAUGGAUAUUUACAUCGUGAGAAGAGGCAGAAAGAACCAGACCCACUUAGGAACACUUGCAAGAUGCUAGUCGUAGCUGAUCAUCGUUUCUUUAAAUAUAUGGGACGUGGAGAAGAGAGUACUACUAUCAAUUACUUGAUAGAGUUGAUUGACAGAGUGGACGAUAUCUACAGAAACACAUCCUGGGAUUCCCAAUGGAAAGGAUAUGGUGUACAGAUAGAGCAGAUUAUUGUACACAAAGAGCCAGAGAAUACUGCAGUAAAGCAUUAUAACAUGGGAAGAAGUUUUCCAAAUGAGAACAAGGAUGCAUGGGAUGUGAAACAACUGCUGGAGCAAUUCAGCUAUGAUAUAUCUGAGAGGGCUUCUGAUGUCUGCCUGGCACAUCUCUUCACAUACCAAGACUUUGACAUGGGGACUCUUGGACUGGCGUAUGUUGGUUCUCACAAACCAAACACCCAUGGAGGCAUUUGUCCUAAAGCUUAUGACAGUGAGAUUGCCAAAAAGUCUAUCUAUUUAAACACCGGAUUGACCAGUACAAAGAAUUAUGGAAAAACCAUCCUUACAAAGGAAGCAGACUUGGUCACUACUCAUGAAUUGGGUCACAAUUUUGGUUCCGAACACGAUCCUGACAGCUUGGAGUCCUGUGCUCCCAGCGAAGAUAAAGGAGGAAAAUUUGUCAUGUAUCCUAUAGCUGUGAGCGGAGACCAUGAAAAUAAUAAGAUGUUCUCAAGUUGCAGCCGGGAGUCCAUCCUACGUACGCUAAAGAGUAAGGCCAGCAUUUGCUUUAAAGAGCGCAACAACAAAGUCUGUGGUAAUUCCAGGGUGGAUGAGGGUGAAGAGUGCGACCCAGGUUUGCUUCAUCAGCACGACGAUCUUUGCUGCAACGCUGACUGCACAUUCAAGAAAGGAGUAGUCUGCAGUGAUCGAAACAGCCCAUGCUGUAAAGGCUGCCAGUUUGAAACUGCACAAAAAAAAUGUCAAGAAGCAAUUAAUGCUACUUGCAAGGGAGAAUCCUACUGCACAGGUAACAGCAGUGAGUGCCCUCCACCCGUUAAUGCUGCUGAUGACACUAUCUGCGUAGAUAUGGGAAAGUGUGUAGCUGGGGAAUGUAUCCCAUUCUGUGAAAUUGAAAAACAGCUCCGGUCAUGUGCUUGUAAUGACACUGAACAUUCUUGUAAAGUCUGCUGCCGAAAUGAGAAUGGCAUCUGUAGUCCAUACGUGGAUGCAAAUAAACAGUUUUUGUAUUUACGCAAAGGAAAACCAUGUACUGUUGGAUUUUGUGAUAUGAAUGGAAAGUGCGAGAAGCAAGUCCAAGAUGUCAUUGAACGCAUAUGGGAUUUCAUUGACAAACUCAGCAUCAACAUGCUAGGAAAGUUCCUAGCAGACAACAUUGUGGGAUCUGUUAUUGUCUUCUCUUUGGUCUUCUGGAUACCAAUUAGUAUUCUUGUUCACUGUGUGGAUAAAAAAUUGGAUAAACAGUAUGAAGAGAACACCAAGUCUUUAUUUUUACCCAGCAAUGUGGAAAUGCUGAGCAGUAUGGACUCUGCUCCAGUUCGCAUUGUCAAACCAUUCCCUUCCUCCCAGGCAAAUUCACGAUUUCAGCCACUGCAGCCAGCCCCAGCAGUACCAUCCUCUGCUGCUGCUGCAGCAUGCAAACUAGAUCACCCAAGAAUGGACACCAUCCAGGAGGACCCAAGCACUGAUUCUCACCUUGAUGACCAAUUUGAUGAGGACCCCUUUCCAAACAACAGCUCACCAUCCAAGUCCUUUGAGGACCUUACCGACCACCCAGUUACCAGGAGUGAGAAGGCAUCUUCAUUCAAGUUACAGCGGCAGGGUCGUGUGGACAGCAAAGAAACAGAAUGCUGACCCUUCUCUAUGGGUUCUGCUACUCUAGAUAAGACAAUCAUUUCACUUGUCCUAAAGACCUGCAGUUAUGGUACAGAAGGGGCAAACAUUGCCUAAAGCCAGCCACAUUACCUAAAAGUGCACAAAAUUGCCACUCAUCAUUAAGAUUUUGAAUAGAUAUUUAAUUUCUUUAAGUUGUGUACAUUUGAAAGGAUCUGCUAAAGAAUACUGCAGAAUACCUAAUCGAGUAACCUCAGUAAAUCCUAGUAUAGCACUCUCUAAUACUUGUAAUUAUGAAAGUAAUGCACAACAUAUACUCCUUUUUAUUAAUAUUCUAUACAUGCUGCUGUACAUUGCACAUUAUGUUUUGACUCUGUCCUUUAAUACUUGUCUUACAACUAAGUAUUUGUGCCUCUUUAACUUGUGUCCCUGGCAAUUAUAUAUUUAGUAAGAGGAAACAUCGUAUUGCACUGGAGACAGUCUCACUGCUCUAAAACUGUUUACAUUUGUUUAUAUCUGAUUUAAAGGGGCAUAAAAAGUCAAAACUAAAGUUCCAUUAUUGAGAUAGAUUUUUAUUUUUAAUUUGCAUGCUCUGUUAUCACAUUUUACAUUGUUCCCUUGGUUUUGCUUUUUGAGAGCAUGCGCAGGUUAGACUCAGGAGCAUACAUGGGUUUAAAACACUAUGCCUUUUUUGAAGCAAUGUAUAACAAUGUUGCAAAGCAUUGUUGUAAACGCUGGUGCCAUAUAGUGCAUAAGAUGUGUAUGCUCUUCAAAAAUGUAUACCAUGGGAAGAGUCAAUUUGAUAUCAGGUAUAACAACUUCUUUCUGAAUAAUGAAAGUUAAUUUUGACUUUCAUGUUCCUUUAUAAAAUAUAUCUCGCCAUCCGCCUAUUCGUUCUAUAGUUAUGCCAUCUAGAAUAUUAGACUGGUCAUUGGUAGUUAACAUUCCUGUAUAAUUGUCCUCUGUUUAUUCCACAAAUAGAAUAUACUCCUUGUAUUUGUCAUUUAUAUUUGUUUAGUUGCUGACCCCAUUUUGUAAGUAGACUUUUGUGUACAUUUUGUCUUGAUGAGGUCUACAUGGUAGAAUAGUUUGGUUGUAUCAAGAAAGACAGUAAGCUCAUAUUUGACAAUGAUAUAUGUGAUUUAUUAUCAGUAUGUGUAGGUUGACCCUGCCAUAGAUUGUAAUCACCUCCAAUAAAACCCAGGAUCGUUUGCUGAACGGCAAGUUUGCCAAGUUCACAUUCAUAUAGUUACUAGUUCCAGUGAUGUAUUUUUAUAGACUGGGCAUAAGGUUCCUUCUCUGUAACCACAUCAUUAUCCUUUUUCCCUUCCUUGUCUUUUUCCUUACUGCUUUCCUACUGUCCAUCUCUCUCUCCCUAGAUAGUUUAUAGCAGUCUCUUCAUUAGCAGUAUCUUAGCUUGCUUUUACUUUCCUACAUUUUAAGCUCAUUGCACUUUUCUGAACCCAUGUCUACAAAUAUGUCACCCUUACUCAAAUGUAUAUUUGUUAUAUUCAGAAUUAUUACUUUUAUAAUUAUUAACCUGUUACAUAUUUUUAGGCGUUCCCUAAGGAGGUCAGUUUUUAAUUCUAUCCUUAGGUAGGUAGCCAAAAAUACACCUUUUUAUUUAUUUUUUUUGUUUGUUCCUUUUUUACUUAUCCAUGGGGCCAUGUAAAAGAAUGAACCAAUCACUGUCAUAUAUAUAUUAUACUAAACUGAUACAUUAAAGGAACAUUAAACAUUAUGAGAGUGUAACUCUAUUAGUUCAUUUAUAACUUUCGCUAACGGGCUUCAGCUUUUAAACCUGGUGACAUUUUAUUACGUUAUGGAUACUAAAACUUCACACUUGUUUCAAAACACAUCUACAUAUUAUUCUGAGUAAUAUUUGUUUUGAAUACAUUAUAAGAUCUGGCAUUUAUUUAGUGUUUAAUGUCCCAUUAAAUGAUCACUUUAUUUGAUUGUUUAAA